AUGAAGGCACCCAAGUAUUCCCUCGACCGCAUUGGUAGCCUCCAUGAGAGCUCAACCAGGCCGGCCGCCGCGUGGGUGGCCGCUGCCAAGCAUGGAAUGCACCAGCUCACGGCCGCCAGCCCCGAGCACGGUCACCAGUCGCGCAACCCGCGGAAGCGCUCGCGCUUUAACCCGCCCGAGCCGGUGAUCAUCCCUCUCGGAGCCUCAGGCGCGGGAUUCGCCCCGCCGGCGUCGACUUCGGUGCCGACGCCCCCCUCCAAGCAGCCGUCCUUCGCCGCAAGUGAAGGCGACUCGAAUGACACCUCCGACAGCGACCAUGACCAGGAUGAGGCCUCCCCGUCUGCCAGCACCGACGAAACCAUCGACCUGUCCGGCCUGGGCGGCGGGGAUCUCACCAUCGGCGGCCACGAUCUGGUGGACUUGACUAUGCUGAAAGUUGCGGCCACUGCGGCGAAUGCCGCCGCCGCCGCCGCCGCCGCCACGGCUGCUGCCUCCUCCCCCAGAGACUCGGACAAUUACAUCAGUCUCCUGCCGCUGGAGGUGGAUGCCCCGAGGUCUGUGUCUCGGCCAGGCCCCUCGGCCCGGUCAACAGCCUCCGGACGUGAAGACGGCUCGGCCCCGGCAUCACAAUCGAUGCUCCCCUCGCGGGCGCCCAUCUCUCAGCAGAUUCCCCCCUGGCACCGGUCUCUCGGGACGGUCCCCUGCACGACGGCCUUCCAGCGCCAGUCUCGCGAGGGCCUCUUCUUGGCGCCGACCACCAUCGGCCAGCCGUAUUCCCCGACGCUGACCGGUCUGCUUCAUGAAGAGAUCCUGGACUUCUGCCAGCACAUCUCCCCCACCCCGACUGAGCAUACCCUCCGCCGAUUGAUCAUUUCCAAGAUUCGCCAAGUGGUCCUGUCCAUCUGGCCCGAUGCCCGCGUGCACAUUUUUGGCAGCCACCAAACCCGGCUCUAUUUGCCCUCUGGUGACAUUGAUCUGGUGGUCAUGCUGCCGGAGUAUCAUCGCGUGCAAACCCCCCUCCGGCGCCUUAGCCGCAUGUUGGAGACGUCUGGCAUUGUGAAGAAGAUGCAGCUCAUCGAAAAGGCUCGAGUGCCGAUCAUCAAGAUGGUUGACCGGCUGGCCAAUCUCAGCAUCGACAUCAGCUUCGACAUGAUUGGCGGUGUCAAAACCGCUUCCCUGGUCCAAGCCGCCCUGGAUCUCUAUCCCGGCACCCGGGAGUUGGUGCUGGUCAUCAAGCAGUUCCUCACCCAGCGCGGCUGCAAUGAAGUGUUCACCGGUGGCCUGAGCUCCUAUGCGGUGACCCUCCUGGUGCUGAGCUUCUUCCAGAUGCACCCGCAAUACCAGGCCGGCUUGGUGGACCCGAAGGACAAUCUCGGCCUGGCGCUCAUCGAAUUCAUGGAGCUCUAUGGUCGGUCUUUCAAUCAGGAGGCCAUCGGCAUUUGUGUCCGUGAGGGUGGCUCUUAUUACCGGAAGCACCCUCGUGGCUGGGUGGAUCGUCGAAAUGCGGAUCUCUUCUCGCUCGAAGAUCCGCAAGACGACUCGAAUGACGUUUCACGCGGGUCAUACAACUCUGGCACCAUUCGCAUGGCUUUCGAGCAUGCGUUCGAGACCCUCACAGCGGAAAUCCAGCGCUUUUCGAACCAGACCAGCAAAGCUCCUCCGGGCUACUCUCUGCUCCAUCGGAUCAUCCACAUUUCCCCGGAGGAUCUUGCCCAGCGGGUGAACCUCUUCCGUACGGGCUACCAGCUGGGCCUGGCCGCUUGCCCAUGUCCGGCCAUCACCGUUACCCCGCCCAGUGGCGUGGCUUUGGCUGGGGACUUUUCCACGGCCAAGCCCCUUGGCCAACAAUCUGCCAACACCAAGACCGCUGGCGGUCUGCCGGAGCUGCUGACUCCCGAGAGCCAAUCCAUCUUGAUCAGCGAUGCUGACGAAGACCCGGACCCCAUUUGUCUGGAGGAGGCGCGCAAUCUCUUCCUCCCGCGUGGACAGCUGUCGGCUCAGCUGCGCGAGCGUGUGGCUCUCUCGGAUGACACGGCCCGCCAGCGGCAGCUGCUCCUGCGCCGGGAGCGUGCCGAGCGCCGGCGCCUUCGCCGGCUCUACGCCACCAGCAAGCUGCGGAGCCCCUUCUUCACAUGCCCAACUGUCUCGCAACUCGACUGGGACAAGGAGGAUGACUUGACCGAGGCCGAGGCCGAGGCCGAGGCCGAUGCCCAUGAGUCGAAAUCGAGCUCGGGAUCCGAUGCGUCCAGUGGGGACGAUCAGAAUCGUGCUUCCCGCGACGUGGUCACCCGCCUCCGGCACAUGCCCCAGCGCCCGAAGGAGAUUUCCUUCUACGAGUUGUCGGGCAAUGAGUCGGAUUCCGAUUCUUCGGCUUCGGAUGACCAGUCCGCCCCGGGCUCCAGCAAUGCCGUCCGCCAUGCAUUGUCCGUGGCCUCCAUGCUUGGCGGACACUCCGAGGCCGACAUUGACCGGUUCUCCGAGCGCAUGGCCUCGGCCUCCGGGGCGACGGGCACCGCCACACGCCCGGAUGUCGACGAAGAUCCGGAGGACGAGGAUGACGCGUAUACUCGGCUGAUGGAUGGCAGCCUGUCGCAUGGGGAUGAUGAUUACAGGGAUCUCUCCGACGAGGAUGACGAUGAUGGUGAUGACGAUCCGGACGUCGGCCUGGAGGAUGACAGCACCGAUAGCGAUGAGUAUGAUGAUGCUCUGGAGUACCAUGAUGGUGAUGGCCUGACGGAGGAACCGUACACAACCCUGUCCGAGCGCCGGGCAUACCGGACGGACUUGCGUCGGGAGAAGCGCACUCGCGAGCGGAAGGCCGAUCGGUCGCUCUUCCGCCAGAUGCGCAAGCAGAAGAUUGCCCAGAAGUUUGAGCGCCGAAUGGCCGGCAACCACCUCCAUGACCCGAGCCAGCUGCCGAAUCGGCCUCCUCGCCACCACCAUCACCACCAGCAGCAUGGGGGUGGCCAUCGCCAGGCCGGCCCUCGGGGGGGCGCCGCUCCUCCGCCCCGGAAGAAGAUCAAGACCACGGUUUGGAUCUGA